AUGUAUAAGAUCACUCUCCUUACAGUGUCCAUUGUAAAACAUCAUGGAAUCCACACUGGAGAGAGACCCUAUGAAUGCUGUGAGUGUGGGAAAAGCUUCACUCAGUGCUCACACCUUACUACACAUCAAAAAAUCCACAAAGGUGAGAAACCCUAUGAAUGCUGUGAGUGUGGGAAAACCUUCAUUCAGAGCUCAGACUUUACUAUACAUCAGAGAAUCCACACGGGAGAGAGACCCUAUGAAUGCUGUGAGUGUGGGAAAAGCUUCACUCGGAGCUCAGAACUUACUACUCAUCAGAGAAUCCACAUGGGAGAGAGACCCUAUAUAUGCUGUGAGUGUGGGAAAAGCUUCACUCAGAGCUCAAGCCUUACUAGACAUAAGAGAAUCCACACAGGAGAGAAACCCUAUAAGUGCUGUCAGUGUGGGAAAAGCUUCACUCAGAGCUCAGACCUUACUACACAUCAGAGAAUACACAUGGGGGCAAGAUUCUAUGUAUGCUGUGAGUGUGGGAAAAGCUUCACUCAGCCUUCACACCUUAUUAUGCAUCAGAAAAUCCACAAAGGUGAGCAACCUUAUGAAUGCUGUGAGUGUGGGAAAAGUUUCACUUGGAGCUCAGCCCUUAUUGAUCAUCAGAGAAUCUGCAAGGAAGAUAAACACCAGGAAAAACUGUAG